UAAAAGGGGAGGUCCAGGGAUGAAAAUGGAGGAGGAUUCUGGAAGCAGGACGAGAGAAUUGCGAAGCAUAGCAGUAGCAGCAUGAUCGCUCUAACCAAAUAUAGCCUGUUCCUGGCAGCUCUGUCCCCCCUUACCAUAGCGGACGGGCAAUAUCGCUCGCGUCCAGACCUCUCCCCUCCCAAGCUGAACAUCACAAUCCCGGCCCCUGAUGCUAACGGCACCGAGUAUGUCUUUCUCGCCCCUUACUCGGACGAUAUCCAGCAGAGCGGCGCAUACAUCUACCGCAAGAAUGGCGACUUGAUCUGGUCUGGCAUCGGGUACUAUGCCGGGUUUGUCGGUAACUUUCACGUCACGACAUACCAGAAUGAGCCUGUCCUGCAGGGGUUCCAGGGGACAAUGGAUACAUCGCAUGGCGAAGGGUUCGGGCAGCAGGUCAUAUUGAACCAGAACUAUGAGCAUGUCGUGACUGCAAAGGCGGGGAAUCAUCGUAUUCCUUCUAUCCACGAGUUCAAUGUCAUCGAUGGAAAGACCGCGCUGGUGGAGGUCUAUCUCCCUACCGUGGCUAAUCUGUCGGCUUAUGGAGGGAACUCGUCGCAGCAGUGGAUUGGUGAUGGUCUGUUCCAGGAAUUCGACAUCGAGACUGGUGAGCUGAUCUUCGAGUGGAACGCUCUCGACCACGUCGACCCCGCAGACAGCCUGGUCACCCUCGGCUCAUCAACCAGCGACAGCGGUCUCUCCUCCAGCACGACGUGGGAUUUCAUCCACCUGAACAGCGUGGACAAAGACAAAGACGGCAACUACCUCCUGUCCUCGCGACACUUCAGCACCAUCUUCAAGAUCAACGGCACCGACGGGUCCAUCAUCUGGGAGCUCGGAGGCAAGCACUCCACCUUCAACUACAACUUCACCUUUGGGUACCAGCACCACGCGCGCUGGCACUACCAGUCCCCAACCAAAGAGAUAAUCUCCUUCUUCGACAACUCCGGCAACGGCGAAGUCAUCGUCAACAACGUAUCGCGCGCAUUGAUUGUCGAACUGGACCACAGCAGCGAUACCGCGACCAUCCUUCGCAAAGCGACAGCCCCGUAUGGGAUCCAGGCGGCUUCACAAGGAAACGCGCAGCUGCUAUCCAAUGACAAUAUCUUCGUGAAUUGGGGCCAGGCGGGCGCAGUCACUGAAUAUGAUGCCAACAAUAAGAUCAUCUAUCACGCUUUCAUCGAGGAGGCGGAGAGUUAUCGUGGAUUCUUGGCCAACUGGACGGGCACACCGACGGAAGUCCCGGCCAUUGCUGCAUAUGUGGACGCGUCGCAGACUGUUCGGUUGUAUGUGUCUUGGAAUGGCGAUACAGAGACAAAGGCAUGGCAAUUCUAUCAGUCUGAGAAGGGCAAUGCGACGUCUCUUGGAGUGGUGUCGCGGAAGUCUUUCGAGACGACCCUGUUGUGGAAGAGUGAGCGGGCAUCGAGUGAUACGAGGUAUUAUGCCGAGGCUGUGGGAGAGGGAAAUAAGGUGCUGGCUAGGACGAAUGCUGUUUCUGCCAGGGAGUAUAUUCCGGUUGCAUGA